AUGUCAGACAAGGGGUUUGACAUUGAAGAUAUAUUGCAUAAAAAGAAAGUCAAGUUGAAUAUCCCUCCAUAUCUCCAAAGUAAGGGCCAGUUUUCAGUAACAGAGGCUAGGAAUACUAAGAGUUUUCCAAAAUUACGCAUUCAUGUUGAGCGAGCUAUCAGACGAAUAAAGGAGUAUCAUAUUUUUGAUUCCGAUAUACCGUUAAACAUGCUUGGAUCUAUAAAUCAAACUUACGCUGUUAUUUGUUUGCUAACAAACUUUCAAGGUGCUCUUAUAAAUAGCGCUGUAAAUGAUCAAUCAGAUUAA